AAUUGAGCUUGAUCUGCAUGAUGCUCCUUUCAGGAGAGUUAUUAUGGAGACAAAAAUAUUGAUAUGUAUUUUGUUUGGGAUUGGGUUAAGGAACAAUUGUUAGUGGAGGAUAUCUAAGCAUUUUUGAAUUGAUGGGGUUUUUCUUAAUUGUCUUGGGAGUUUGUGCAAGGUCUUAUCGGGUUUCCAUAGGUUCUGUUGUCCUUGGUGCAUUUGGAUCUUAGUGGCAUCUGCACUGUAGCUCAUGUUUUCUCUUUUCUUUGAUGCAUGUUCUAUGUCAUCAUCCAAAACAACUCAUCUAUCCAGCUUCCCACAACUUUCUUUCCAUCUCCUGCAAAUCUCUUGCAGAGCUACAGAAAUUAGGCCAAGAACUCAGUCUUGCUACUACCAGGCUUUACAACAGCAAAAAUGAGGAUCUUCAAUUGGGUUCACAGAAAAUUUCGUCCAAAUGAGCAUGAUUAUGACUAUGGUGUAAAGGAUCCUUCUGGUGUUAAAUCCUACGGGCUGCCCUCAGAAAUCCCUCUUGAUGAAAGAACCAAAAGGAUCAGAAUACCACAGGAGGAUAAAGUGAAAGAAAACAGCAGAAAAGACAAGAACUACUGUAAUGUGAAUGAAGAUACAGUGGCAUUAUUAGGUCCAAGAGAUACUACAGUCACAGAGCUUUUCAGCAAGUGGCAGAAUGGUCUGCUAGCCAUUGGGACCUUUGGAAUUGACCAACAUGAUCAGGGUUAUGACUAUGGCUAUGAAUCUCAGGAUGUCGAGGAUAUUUUGUUCAAGGAAACAGAUGAUGAAGAUGAACUCAUAGACCCCAUUGAAGUUGAUGUCUUUGAAGGAAAGCUUGAGGAAGUGUUUGGACUUAAAAAUGAGGACUACUACCAGGUGAAUGAUUUCAAGCCUCAGAAAUGGCAGAACAAGGAAUUGGAUACAAAACCAAAGAGCUAUAUCAAAGAAAACUCCAACUCAAACUUCACCAAUGAAAGCUCAGAGCCUGCUAAGAAAACCAACACCAAAAACAAUGGCAACAAGAUCUAUCCUUUGCAGGAGUUCUUUGAGGUUCCACUGUUGGCAGGAACACUGGCAAAGAAGGAACAUAGAACCACCUUGGCAGAUCUGUUUUCUCGAAGCAAGAAUUAUACCAGCUCUAACAUGUUCAAUGAUGCACCCAAAAGAGAAUUUGAAUGUGAACUUGAAGAAAAGCUGAAGAAGAAAGAUGAAAGCUUAAGGAAGUCGGGUCGAUCUUUUGUGAAGAAGGUGUUCAACUGGAAGAAAGGAGGGGAUCUGCAUCGUCCUAAACAGUGGAUGAAGAAAAUGUUGAACAAGAAGAUCUAUCCAGAAGUAGUAUCUGAGCUGCAUGCCAAUGAAGUCAUUGGACAGGUGGAUAUAUCAAAAACUUACGUAUCAAAGCUCAAGGAGACAAACAGUGGCAGCAGGCGUAUGGAUGAAAAUGGAUAUCUAACAAAUGGAUCUUCUGACUUUUCCUCUUUGUCAAGAGAUUCAUCCAGAGGAAGCCAAGAAUGCUGGAUUAAGACAGAUUCUGAAUAUGUGGUGCUGGAGUUGUAAACAAUGGAGUUUGGUACAGAUCCCUUGGAGAUUAUUCCAGACUUGAAGAUUCAAGCUAUGAUCAUUCCUCAUGAUCAUAACAGAAUAUAUGGUGAUCAUAUAUUGUCAAUUGGUCUUGUUGCUUAAGACCACUAGGAGUGGCCAUAUCCCAGUAUUUAGCUAUAAAUAUUAUCCUGAGGUUUGCUAUGUUUGAAUAAGUUAAGCUUAUAUCCAUGUUCAUGUUUGAACCAGUGACAUCCUUAAUUGAUUCAAGAUUAUGGGGGUGUUCAUGGUCUAUAUUCUGGUUUGCUACUGAGAAUGAAAGUCUUAGAAAGUCUUGGCAGACAAGAGCAUAGGCUUGACUCUGUUAAGCUCCUAUUCAAAUCUAAGAAAAAUAGUCAAAUAAAUCAGAACUUUAAUUUAUCAGUAA